GAGGUGUUUCCGUGAGGAUGAUGAAGGCUCAGAUCUGUGCGGUUCCGUCCACUGAAGCUGAAGAUCUAAACUGUUUGACGCUGGUUUUCAACGAAACCACAACUAAAAGUAAAAGUAACACUGUGGAUCCAAAAAUCCGGACCAAUAAUCUGAAGAUCAGGUCUUUGGAGAGUCGCUCGUUCACGGUGACGCUGGACAGAGACUCACGCCGCGUCUACAAGGACGUCCAGAGCAUCGAGAUCCUGCCGUGUCUGGACCCGGGCUACCGCGUCCAGAAAACCAUGAGGUCAAAGUUCAACCCCGGCGAGAAGGAGAAGGACGCCGGACUCAGCAAGUACAUGAGCAAAGGCCUCCUGCUGCCGAUCAACACGUUCGCCGGGAUCGUCAACUGAAGCGCCGCGUGUGAACGACCGGAACUUCACGAAAUGACAACAACAAACAAAAAAAAAGAUGAAUUUGUUGCCGUGACGACCAGCUCCCGGCGUUUUGAUGCUUCCGGCGUCGUUCCACACUACGUUUUUACACAAAGAACUGUCAGUAUAUGCACUAAGACCGACAAACGCAAAUCCAGUUUUAGUUUUCGUGGUACCAAACGUGUUUUUUUUAGAAUCGAAUUUGUCAAACUCCAGAUGGUGAACUCUGACCUUCACUGUGACGCUCGCCGCGACUUAAACCCGUUUCAAAAUGAUAAAAAAAAGACGUGCUAAAGUUCACCUUUUAUUUAAAACUAUGACCUAUAAAAGAGACUGAAACUGAAACUUCAUCACGUCAGGUUUUAGUCUGAGAGGAAAAGCCCGACUGUUAAA